CAAUAAGCAGUGCGUCAGAAGAGAAUCUUUUAAUAUUCUCUUGGUGCGUUUUCUUUUUGCGUGUUUAUUUUCUUAUUGCGAUAAAGCCAAAUUUCGAUUUAGCGUUGCAAUAUUCUUUUAAUAAUAAUACUUUGCAUUUGGAACAUUUUUAAAACCUGAACGAUGCAGUCGAUUGCAUACGCGACAAAUUUUCUUAAUAUUGACAACAAUUUUUAACAACACAAAGGAAGAACUUGAUUCCUGUAAUUUGCAAAAUCGCAAGAAAUUUGGACGUCAUUGGAAUUUAAGGCAGCUUCAUCAACUCAAAGAUGCCUCCAACUUCUGAGUCGGCAGCUACCGGCAACAGCAUUCGUGGUCGGGAGCGUGAAAAGGCACAUAUUGUGCAGCAAAGCAACAAGUGUUAUGAGCAUCGCGAACUGCAGGCCACCGCUAUGUCUGUAGACUACACGGGACAAUGGGUUUUGUUAGCCGGGCGACGUCAUUUGGCAUUACAGCGGCUCGGACAAGAUGAUGGUACUCUACAUGAAUUUCAAAGAAAUUCGAAGUUUGAAGUGUCGGCGGCGGAAUUUGCUACACUACCAAAUCGGCAGGAGUAUUGUGCUAUAGCGACCAGUGAACACAUUGACGUGGUGACUUGGGGUGCAGCAGAUAUGCAGCACUACCAUUCGUUGCGGGGUCAUACCCGCAUGGUGACCGAUAUUGAUUGGCAUAGCAAAAACAGCAAUUUGCUGGUGAGCUGUUCUGUUGAUACUUUCUCACACAUUUGGGAUUUGCGCGAUCCUCGAAAGCCGACUUUAUCACUGAGCGCAGUCUGCAUGUCUGGUGCAACACAGGUUGGAUUUAAUCGUGUCUCUGGCCAUUUGCUAGCGGCGGCACAUGAUGGCGAUCUCCGUAUAUGGGAUAUGCGAAAGGGUUCUUGUCCUGUACAUUAUAUCACUGCGCAUUUGAAUAGGGUACACGGCAUCAAUUGGAGUCAUUUGCGUGAAACUUGUUUGGCUACAGCGAGUCAAGAUGGCACAGUGAAAUACUUUGAUGUGAAUAAUCCGCGUCGUGCAGAGAAAAUUAUAACGAUGUCCUCUCCAGUGUGGCGGGCGCGUUAUACACCCAUUGGUAAUGGAUUGGUUAGCAUCGUUGUGCCUGCCAUGGGACGCGGUGAGAACAGUUUACUGUUAUGGAGCAAUAGUAAACAAACAGAUCCUGUAUGCUCAUUUGUCGGACACACUGAUGUCAUACUUGAUUUUGAGUGGCGCCCAAAUCGUGAAAAUAUCUCGGAGAUUGAACUGGUUACAUGGUCACGUGAUCGUAGUUUGCGCGUGUGGAAGAUCGAUCCUACGAUGCUUAAACUUUGCGAACCGGAUUUCGAUUGUAAUGAAGUGUGUGAUACGCCUGACUCCUUUGCGGAAACCCCCACAAAAUUUCAGCCAAUACACUCGUCAUCCUUAUAUCAGCCCACUUUGAGUUUGACACGCGCUGGUGCCGCAUCGCUGCCGACCGAAACCUCGGACAGCCUAAUAAUACCAACUAUAUCACGAUCACCACCGCCGCCACUGCGAAAAGAGGAUGCACAUAUAGCGCGCUCACUGACUGAUCAGCCGACUUGCUCGCUGCAUCAUGAAUUUUCGCUGCUUAAUAGGAAUAUGCCACAUGUGGAGGUGGAUGUAUUGGAUGCGAUUAAGCGCUAUGCCGUCUUUAAGAUUUCAGCUGGUGGUCACAUAGUGGUGUUGCAGACUAUUUUUCCAACCGAGUAUCCGAGUCCCAAUGUAGGCCCUGAAUUCUCUUUUUGCGAGGGUACUACACUUCACGAACAACUAUCAUCGAUUUUGCUUAAGACUCUCAAGACUAACGCUCUACAGCGCGUUAAAAAAUCACGCACCUGCUUGGAGCAAUGCUUACGUGCCUUAGUGGCUGCCAUGAAAAAGUCCGUUGGUGGUGUCACUGAUAAAUCUCAACUGCGCUUACAAUCUCCUCGCUUAGAAGGCGCUUUAAGUGGCGCUUUACAUGAUGCCUGCAUUCCUUAUCCCCGCACUUCGAGUGUUAAUUUCAACGCCACCGGACUUUUGGUUACUUUCGCACAAGCCCCCCAUUCCAAACGCUUAACUCUGCGUCAUCAAAACACAACUCCACGCACAUUUUCGGCUAUUAGUGGUGGUGUUCUGCUGGGCAAUGUACUCUACACGCACCGCGAAUCAAAUUCAUCCUUCUAUUUGCAAGACCGGAUGAGCGCCAAACACUCGAAGAAUCGUUCAAUGCAAAAACAAACAAAUGCCACGCCUAUCGUGCAUAUUUACGAAGCCUGUAAGUUGCUGAAUAUUAAUUGUGAAAUGGCAAAAGAAUUUUCAUUGGACAAACGCGAUUUACGGGCAACUUGUCGCCGUAAUCGGCACGUUUGCGAAACACACGACCGCUAUGAUCUGGUGCCGAUUUGGACGCUUGCCGAGCUGAUAGCUACGCCAAAUAUACCGAAUGAAACGAAGUAUGAAACGCUUUUCUAUAAGGAUCCCUUCAAGAAAUUUCUUCUGGAGGCAUUAAUCAUGCAUUUCGCUGGUGCUGGUGAUCUGCAGACGGCUGUAAUGUUGGCAUGCCUCUUUCACAAAUGUCCCUCAACGUCAGGAGAAUUGGGUGAAUUCAUGUCGACUCCUCCACGAGGCUUCCAACACAAUAAAUUACAGCAAUUGUCCAACACGUCGCCUUACCACACAGUGUUGCCAAUUGAUUACCAUGCAUCUCAUCCGAAAUGCAGCACAGCACUAACUGUUAAUGUGCAUUUGAAGCAGCUGCGUAGCAACUCAUGGUCGGAUUCGCUGGACUGGGUCGACUCAAAGCAUUGUAACUCUGACUCGUACUCCUGCUCGCUUAUAAGACGCACAAAGAUGCCACUUUUUGACCAUCUCAAGAAAGUGUAUGCGGAUAUAUUGUUCGGAUGGCAAUUGCUGACCAAACGUUCGCUGAUUCUAAAGCACACAAUGUUCUCGCAAACGCAGCCGCACGGUGUUGAAUUCGUCACGGAAUGUACAGGCUGUAAUAAAAUCAAGCGUACGCCCUCAUGCGCCAGUUGCCAGCGACCAGUACUUUUCUGCCAGCUUUGUAAUCUGCCAGUGAAAGGUGCAGCCAAUGCGUGUCUAGCAUGUGGCCAUGGUGGUCACAUGGCGCAUAUGAUGCAAUGGUUCAAUAAACAUAACAUUUGCGCAUCCGGUUGUGGCUGCCAUUGCUUGAAGCAGACGGCAGCGCUGUUAGAGCUUAUGAACUGAUUCACUGCCUUAUGUAUUUCGAACGGUAGUCUACGAAGAACACAAGUUAAAAAAGCGAAAAAGAGUACAGAUUUUUAAUGACUGUAAGAUGUAGGCGGUAGGUCAACACUAU